AUGGUAUCAUCUUUUAUCACCAACAAGGUCGAUUCCGUAUCAGCUUCAAAUGAUAAUCAUAUAACUGAGAAGUCGAAGAAGAAACAAAGUAUUUUGGAUAUGGGCAGUACGGAUUUUGAUAUUAACGUUGAUAGUACCUCUGGUGCUGCUACUAAUGUUACUACUAAUACCGGUGCUGAUGCUGCGAUAAAUGCUAAUAUUACGAAAAGCAACUCGGAAAAGCAGUUUCAUUCGUUGGAUUCCUCGCAAAAGGCUACCGUCAAAGCGUAUAAUGCCUCUGUAAAGGAAUCAGCGAAGUAUCAACUUACCGAGCAAAGGCCAAAGACUGAAAUUGCAACUGUUACUGACAGUUUUGAGCCUAUAGAUGACUUUCUACAGUGUCAUUUUGAGCCUGGAAACUGGAAAGAGAUCAUGGCUGACUGUGCACUUCCCCCAGAUAAUUGUUCUUAUUGCAACUCACGCUGCAAUAGCCCACCUGCUAGUAUAAAUGCAAACUUGCACAAUAUUUCUCCUGCCGGGCAUGAGUUGCAUAGCAAUCAGGAAGAUACAGAGAAUGUAACUUAUGACCCAUCAUAUUUUGGUUUGCCUGGUCAACAUCAUGGUAACGCACUUUUUAACUUCCCUGGUGGCAGCAGAAUGACUCUUGAUCCAUCUUUGCUUUCCUCUAGUAGUGAAAUUUCUGAUGGAACUGAUUCUCGAGGUCCGACUAACUCUCAAAAUCCAGAGCAGAAUCAGAAGCAAUGGCAGAAUUUGCACUUAGAGCAUCAAAUUUUGCCUCAACAGAUGAAGAAUUGUCAUCAGCAUUUAGAUCAAAAUCAGUCUUAUGCUAAUUCUGAUCCUAGCUCUCAUCUUAAUCCUCACUCUCAGCCUCAGCCUCACCAUCACCAUCACCAUCAUAAUUAUACUAAUUUUGUCCAAAACGGAGCACAGUAUAAUGGUGUAGCGAAGAAUGAUUCUCAGCCAAAUAAUAGUGACGAUGAUUGUGGUUUUUCUGACUACAGCUGCGAUGACAAGUAUUGCAACAUCAACAUCAAAGACUGGAAUACACUGGAAACAUGUAAUAGUGUGAUCCGGUGCAGUCCACCUCCUUUAACAAGCGCUCUAACCACUCCGUCAACAUCUUCCACUAUCUCUCACCAAUCGAACGAAGAAAAAGUUUGGAUUCCGAAUGGUGAAAGUUCCAUGGGCACCGUUAUGGAGAAUGCAUCUUCAGCUUAUCAUGAUACCCACGAGAAAACUUCGUUUCUCGCUAGUGAGGAAUUUCGCGAUAAUAAUCCAGUAAUAGCAGGCUGUGGCGUGAAUGUGGCUGAUAAUACCAAGUUUGUAGGCCAGAAUACACAUUCGGAUGAUAUAGAGACGGAAAAUCUGAAGCUUUUACAGCCGGAACUGGGUAAUGUGUUCCAAGAAUCAUCCACGAAAACAAGCAAUCUUAGGAAAGAUCUGGAAAAACAGAAACAGCCGAUUUUUCACCCAGAGAGACCCCACAUUCAUGAACACUUUCCUCCAUCUGACCCGAACCAUCAUUAUCAUUUGCAUUACCAGAAUCAUUAUAAUGGUAGCCUUAUCCAGCAUGAUCUUAUUCUCCCCUCGAACUUCAACUUCGACGAUAUUGGGAAGUAUCUCAACGAAUACAAUCAUCAUUCUCAGAAUGAGGCUGUUUCCGGCCUUCCUUCUCCAGAUCUGCCCACUUACCAUUCGUGUACAAACAAAAACUGCAAGCAUGUUGGCACCCCCAUGCAUUCUCCAACUAUGAUUAAGGAAAAUAUUACAGACAGCAAGAUUUCGGAAGGUAGCAGCUUUGCAAAUAAACCAAUUCUUAAUGACACUGGCAGCAUUAUCAGUCCUGUUAUGCAACCUGACACAGUUCAGCCAACAGCAAUUGAGCUAAAGCCAGAUAAUAUGUUUGUUUGCAAGUGGGAUGACUGCAAUCUCACCCUACCAGAUGCAGAUCUCAAUAAGCACAUGCUUGAACAACAUUGGACUCCGGACUGGCUGCAUCAAGAGAAUCAAAACUAUCAGUGUGAGUGGUUGGAUUGCAUGUUUACAACGAACGAGCUUGAGAAACUAUCACAGCAUAUAGAUUCGCACAUUGCAAAUCAUUCCUCAGAUACUCUUAAGGGGAAUGCAACCGCAGGAAAAAGUAUGGCCAAAUCCGAAUGUAAGGAUAGUAAUCAUGCUGAGGUGACAACACAUGUGUGUAAAUGGGUUGAUCCUGAUACAGGAAAGGAGUGUGGAAUGGAAUUUGAGAAUACUGCUGAUCUCACUCAGCAUCUCGUGGAAGAACAUGUCAAAUCGGGCAAGUCUCAGUAUGUUUGCUGCUGGAAAGGAUGCCCAAGACAUGGAAGGCUGUUUUCUCAACGUCAAAAGAUUAUUAGGCAUUUGAACACGCAUACGAAGCAUAAACCUUUCAAGUGUUCUGUGUGUGGAAAGCACUUUUCACUUGAUUUGAUGUUGAAGCAGCAUAUGAGGAUCCAUACAGGUGAAAGACCCUACAAGUGUAAAGUCUGUGGAAAGCACUUCAAGACUUCUUCAUCUCUAACAAUUCAUUCAAGAAUUCAUAGUGGUGACAAGCCGAUGGUGUGCAAAGUUUGUGGAAAGCGCUUUAAUGAGUCGUCAAAUCUGAAUAAGCACAUGAAAAUUCACACUCGUCGUUUUAAAUGUGAGCUUUGUAUGAAGAGCUUUAAUACUAAGGGUAAAUACUUGAAGCAUUUAUCUGUGUGUGAAAAACGGCAGGCGAAGUUUCAGCAACAGGUGAAUUCUGACUGUCCAACAAAUAUAGCCCCACAGACUUUGCAUUGUUAG